AUGGUUGCUCGUCUUCGGCUCAUCUUCUUGAUCCGGUGGAUGCUGCUGUUAGCCCCAAGGUGUGAUGGCUGGCGGUGUAGAAACUUGGAGAUGGCAGACUCACCUAUUAGAAAUCUGACAUUGAACCAGAGGAAAAUGGAACUGAGCUGGGUGAGCAGCAUGAAAUUCACUAAAUAUUCAUGUUCUGAUGGGAACGUAAAGAUAACGGUGGAAAACACAACAACCUGUAAGUUUGAAAGCAGUAUAUCUUUUCCUCUACAUAAUGGUGCAAAUUUUUCAGUUACAGCAGUGAACAUCAACACUACAUAUACAAGCACAUGCACAUUUAUUCCACAAGGAAUGCCCGGGACAGCCAUUACAAAUUUCUCCUGUGUGAUUUACAAUGUUUCCCUUAUGAACUGCACCUGGUGUGUGGGCAGAGAUGCUCCAGGUGAUACCCAGUAUUUCCUCUACUGGCAGAACUCAAGAGAAGAAGAGGAAAAGCAAUGUGAGUUUUAUAUUAAAGAUGAAAAUGGGAGACACAUAGGAUGUCACUUCCAAAAUGUGAUCAUGAGCAAUGAUACAAUUACUUACUUCAUAGUAAAUGGUUCUAGUAAAGACUCCUUGAUUCGAUUCUAUGAUGAGUACAUCAGCCUGUACAAAAUUGAGAAGUUCAUGCCUCCAUUAAACGUUACUGCUAACUGUGAUGGAAAACAAAAAGGUUGCCUAAUUCAGUGGCAGCAACCAAAAAGAAGUCRUGCAGGGAAAGAUUAUUGUUUUCAAUAUGAAGUUAACAUAAAAUAUAAGGAUAAUCUAGAGGAAGGCAUUACCAGUAUAACUAUUGAGUACAAAAUGCAGUCGAUAACAACAGAACCCAAAGAGAURAUAUUAGUUGCCGAACUAGUGAAAUAA